AUGCGGGAGCCCUAUGCGGCCCUUCUUCUCAUCUUCUGUUGUAUCUUCACUGCCCACGGACAGUUUGACGAGAAGCAACAAUGUUUUUGCAAGCAGGGUGAAGCUGUAGAAACGUGUGAUUGCGUGCCGGAGUCGCUGGACAUCUUCAACAAUGAGAUCGUGUACAAUAAGCUGGUGGCUUUGUUAGAGCGGCCGUUCUUCAGAUAUUACAAGGUGAAUAUGGACAAACAGUGUCCGUUCUGGCCGGACGACCGGCAAUGCGGCUCGAAAGAGUGCGGGAUCGCCACCUGCGACGAUGAGGUUCCGGCCGGAUUGAAGCGUCCUGCCGUUGUGACGACGAAAAACAACGGUGAUAAGAAAAUCUCCGGAUGUGCCCCGAGCGACUCGUCAAACUCCUUUGACCCAGUCGAUCGCUCAUUGAGCGAGGGCGAACGGCAGCGACACGCCGAGUGGGACGAGCACGACCGCGCUGAUCACGACAAGUUUUGCGAAGUCGAUGAUGAGGAUUCCACGGAGAUGCACUACGUCGACCUGCUGAAGAACCCCGAGCGGUACACAGGGUAUGGUGGCGACGGCGCUCUCAGGAUCUGGAAGAGCAUCUACCAGGAAAACUGCUUCAAGCCUGACCCGAAGUUCGACAAGAAUUUCUUGGCCAACCCCAACAAUUUUGGUCUGUGCUUGGAGAAGCGUGUUUUCUACCGGCUGAUUUCCGGUCUCCAUUCGGGCAUCACGAUUUCUAUUGCAGCUCAUAACUAUCGGCCAGCACCCGGCGGAUUCGGACCGGGCAGCUGGUACCGCAAUACCGAGAUGUUUGCCGGUCGCUUCGGAACGAAGUGGAGCUGGGAAGGACCGCAACGUCUGCGCAACGUCUACUUCACGUUCCUCCUCGAGCUGCGGGCCCUGAUCAAGGCUGCUCCAUACCUUCAAAACGAAUUGUUCUUCACCGGAAAUGAGAAGGAAGAUACAGCGACACGAGCGGCCGUUGAAGAUCUACUCGAGACGGUGCGCGGCUAUACCAACCAUUUCGACGAGCAGAACAUGUUCCUGGGAGUCGAAGCACAUGCCCGUGAGCUGCGCGAGGAGUUCCGCUCCCACUUCCUGAACAUCUCGCGCAUCAUGGAUUGUGUCAGUUGCGACAAGUGCCGGCUUUGGGGCAAGGUUCAAACCCACGGCAUGGGAACGGCGUUGAAGAUUCUUUUCUCGGACCUGCCGUAUUCACAUUUCAAAUCCGCUGAGCCGGGCACCGAGCCACCGUUCCAGCUCACGAGAAACGAAGUCGUCUCCCUCUUCCAAUCGCUCGGCCGCUACUCAUCUUCAAUCUUCGAAGUCGGCGAGUUCCGGAAAGUGAUGAUGCCACCACCGACUCCGAGGAAAAGCGGGGGAGAGUUG